GUGGUUAUUGGCCGCUGCAGGGCAACACCCCGGCGUCCCUGGAAGCUGGGAGCCCGGGUGGUGCUGCGGAAUCUGCGCAGAGCCGGGAGCUAGCGCCCCGGGCCUCCCGGGGUGGGGGACAGAUUCUGGGAUUGGCAGGAGAUGGAUGAGGACAGUUAGGUGAUCCUUCCCCACAACUCCGUGGCUCACAGUGAGGGUCAGGCCUGGUGGCAAGCACAUCUCAUCAGGUUUCAUCUGAUCUGUCGGUGUUCGAGCCCAAACCAGUCAUGGCCGGAAGACCCAUCCGCAUAGGAGACCAGCUGGUUCUGGAGGAAGAUUAUGAUGAGACCUACAUGCCCAGUGAGCAAGAAAUUCUUGAAUUUGCCAAAGAGAUUGGUAUUGAUCCCAUAGAAGAACCAGAGCUGAUGUGGCUGGCACGGGAGGGCAUUGUGGCCCCACUGCCUGGGGAGUGGAAACCAUGCCAGGACAUCACAGGUGAUAUUUACUAUUUCAACUUUGCCAACGGGCAGUCCAUGUGGGACCACCCCUGUGAUGAGCACUAUCGGAACUUGGUGAUCCAAGAGCGGGGGAAACUGUCGACUCCUGGGGCCAUUAAGAAGAAAGAAAAGAAAAAGAAAAAGGAAAAGAAAGACAAGAAGGACAAAGAGACCUCCAAAAGUCCCCUGGCCCUGGGCUCCCCGUUAGCCCCCGUCCACAUUCCUCUCGGGGGUCUGGCCCCGUUAAGGGGCCUGGUGGAUGCCCCGCCCUCUGCUCUUCGUGGAUCUCAAAGCGUGAGCCUGGGGAGCUCGGUGGAGUCUGGUCAGCAUGGAGAACUCUCAAUGCCUUCACAGGGUCUCAAGACUUCUGCGUGUACAAAGGGUCUCCUGGGCUCCAUCCACGAGGACAAGCAUGCUCUCAGCCUCUUGGCUUUAGGAGAGGAGACCAAUGAGGAGGAUGAGGCGGAGAGUGACAACCAGAGUGUCCGAAGCUCAAGUGAGCUUCUUAAGAACCUGCACCUGGACAUCGGGGCACUGGGGGGUGACUUCGAGUAUGAGGAAUCUCCAAGAACAAGCCAGCCAGAGGAGAAGAAGGACACUUCUCUGGAUUCCGAUGCUGCCAGCCCCCCUACUCCUGGCAAGCUCUUCGGCCGAGGUGCAGAUAGCAGCCUGAGCAGUGCCGAUGGCCAAGGGCAACAGGGAACAGGGGCAAGUUGGCUUCCAGAAAAAGCAAAGAAUGAGAAGAAUGAUCCCGGGAUGUCCAGGAGUGUGGCGGACCCCGGGGGCGACCCCGCGGGCGAUCAGCCUGCCAAAGCCAAUAAAAAAGAGGCACCAGAGGACCCGGUGGAUGCAAGAGAGGAGGGUUCCCUGCAGGAAGAGGCAGCAAAGGAGCCAAAGAAGGAGGCUUCCGCCCCGAAAGAGAGCAGAUCAGAGGCGAGCGAAGAGGCAGAGAUCAGUGAACACAUGAAGGAACUUCAGCCCUCAGACUCCACUGCUUCUGACCCCAAGUCCUUUCUUGGCCUGGACUUCGGUUUCCACAGCCGGAUCUCGGAGCACCUGCUGGAUGUGGGCAUGCUCUCCCCUGUCCUGGAUGGAGCCCGCUGGGAGGCCCAGAGGUUGGGGAGAGAAGACAAGGAUGCCAGCCAGUCCAGCCAAGAUGAGCUGCAGAGCAAGAAGUCCAGAGGCUCGGAGAGGUUGUCUCCUCCUCUUCUGCAUGGGGAGCGGCUCCAGAGCCCCCUUCACAGCCAGGCCACGGAUGAAGGGCCCCCGCAGCCCCUGGAGGAGCAGCUGGAACAGAAGGGGGCAGAGGAGCCUGGGGAGGGCUCUGCAGGCAGCCCCACGCCCCCUGGUUCCCUGCAGAGGGAGGAGAUCCCAAGCCCACCCGCCGCCCACGAGAGGGGCGAGGAGCAGUGCUCCCAGGCUGAGGGGCCGGGCCCUGGGCAGGAUGAGGCCGAGGGGCCCAAGGAGAAGGUGGCGGUCGGCCCCACCCUGCCAGUCUCGCCAGAGGCAGAGAAGAGGGCGUGCCACGCCGGGUGGGGCCACUUGGGGAAGGACCAGGGUUGGCCAGGAGGCCGAAGAGGCGAGAAGGAAGAGCAUAACCCAGAGCCUUCAUUGGGGUUUUCGUGGGAAGCAAUGGGCGAGACAGGGCGAUCUACAGAGCCUGUGGCUCCCCCAGAGCAGCUCUCAGAGGCUGCACUGAAGGCCUCGGAAGAGGCGGUGGCCCAAGGACUCGAGCAAGAGCAGAGGGGGCUCCUGGAGUCCAAGCGAGAGAAGAUGCCGCGGCUGCAGGAGAAGCUGUGGCAGGAGGAGGAGGCGGCGGAGACCCUGCAGCUUCACCGGCAGAAAGAGAAGGCGCUCAGUUCCCUGACGGAGCAGCUGCAGAGAGCCACCGAGGAAGAGGAGAGCCUGGUGAGAGAGCAGGAAGGCCAGAGGCUGUCCCGGCUCUGCGCCCAGGUGCAGUGCAGCGUGGAAGCGGAUGAGGACCAAAUCAGGGCCGAGCACGAGGCUUCCCUGCAGAGGCUGCGAGAAGAGCUGGAGUCUCUACAGAAGGCUGAGAGGGCCAGCUUGGAAGAGAGAAACAGGCAGACGCUGGAGCGUCUCAGGGAAGACAUGGAGGCUUCGGAGAAGAGAGAGCAGGCCGCCCUGAACACGGAGAAGGAGAAGGCCUUGCAGCAGCUGAGGGAGCGGCUAGAAGGGGAGAGGAAAGACGCGGUGGCCGCGCUGGAGAGGGAGCACAGGGAGGAGCUGGAGCGGCUGUCUUCCUCGCUGGAGGCCAAGAACAGGGAGGUGGUCUCCAGCCUCCAGAAGAAGAUGGAGGAAGCUCGUCAGAAAGAGGAGGCCCAGCUGCAGGAGAGCCUUGGGCGGGCGGAGCAGAGAGCUCAUCAGAAAGUUUAUCACGUUCUCGAGUACGAGCAAGAGCUCAGUGGCCUCCUGAGAGAGAAGCGCCAGGAGGUGGAGAAGGAGCACGAGAGGAAGAUGGACAGGAUGAAGGAGGAGCACCAGCAAGUGGUGGCUGAGGCCAGGGAGCAGUAUGAAGCCGAGGAGAGGAAGCAGCGGGCCGAACUCCUGGGGCACCUGACGGGAGAGCUGGAGCGCCUGCGCAGGGCCCACGAGCGGGAGUUGGAGACAGUGAGGCAGGAGCAGGACCGGCAGCUCGAGGACCUGCGGCGGCGGCCCCGGGAGCAGGAAAGGAAACUCCAAGAUUUAGAGGUGGAGCUUGAAACCAGAACCAAGGAUGUCAAGGCCAGAUUGGCUCAGCUGGAUGUCCAGGAGGAGGCCGCCCGGAAGGAGAAGCAGCAGCUCCUCAAUGUGCAGAGGCAGUUUGCGUUGGAGCGCGAGGAAGCCGCAGCCACCCGUCAGCACCUGGAGGAGGCAAAGAAGGAGCACAGCCACCUGCUGGAGUCAAACCGGCAGCUCCGAAGAAUCCUCGAGGAGCUUCAGGCCCGCAAGUUGGAGCUGGAGUCCCAGGUGGAUUUGCUGCAGGCCCAGAGUCAGAGGCUGCAGAAGCAUGUCAGUGACCUGGAGGCCAAAGCUCAGAGGAAGCAGGACUUGCUGAAAGAGCUGGCGGUGGAAGAGAGUGAUGCUUCCUCACGAUUUGAGCCUGAUCUCCACAUUGAGGACCUGAGGAAAUCCCUUGGGGCGAACCAGACUAAAGAGGUAUCCUUUUCCCUCUCCCAGAGCAAGGAGGAGACCGACUUGUCCUUGGACAGCGCCCGGCACUACCUCUCUGCCGAGGGGGUAGCUCUCCGCAGCGCCAAGGAGUUCCUGGUCCGGCAGACGCGCUCCAUGCGGAGGCGGCAGACGGCUCUGAAGGCUGCCCAGCAGCACUGGCGCCACGAGCUGGCCAGCGCUCAGGAGGCGGCCAAGGACCCGCCAGGCACCAAGGCCCUGGAGGACGUGUGCAAGGACCUGGAGGAGGAGACCAGGCACCUGGAUGAGAUGAAGUCAGCCAUGCGGAAAGGCCACGACCUGCUGAAGAAGAAGGAGGAGAAGCUGCAUCAGCUGGAGUCUUCUCUCUGGGACGAGGCUUCAGAUGAAGACACUCUGAGAAGACCCCCCACCAAGAAGGUGGUGACCUUUGACCUCAGCGACCUGGAAGACGGGAGCAGUGACAGUUCCGAAUCCUGCCCCCUGCCUCACAUCAGCCCAACCCCGAGUCCCACUUUCCCCAACAAGAUCCACUACCUGAGCAGCUCCCUGCAGCGGAUCAGCGGCCAGCUCAACGGUGUCCUCAGCGUGCUGGGCAGCCUUAACACCCAGCCUCCGCCGCUUUUCACCUCCACACCCUCUCCGCUCCCCACCCAGGCCUCCAGGAGCACCCCCGCUCCCUCCUACCCCUCCCUGCUCCGGGUCUCAGCCUCAUCCCCGGCUCCACCCACGUCCACCCAGUGGGCCUGGGACCCAGAGCUGGGCCCCCGGCUCUCCUCCUCCGUGGCUCAGACUGUGGACGACUUCCUGGUGGAGAAGUGGCGCAAGUAUUUUCCAACUGGCAUCCCGUUCCUCAGCAGUGGCCCUGCCCCCCUGGAAAACAGGCUGGGGUAUGUGUCUGCCAGUGAGCAGCUCCGCCUCCUGCAGCGUCCCCCCUCCCAAGUCCCCGAGGCGGGCAGCACCAACUUCCAGGACAUGAUCGAGGCUCACCGCAAGUGGCUGGAACAUUACAAGAAUGACCCCAAGUCACAUCUCUUCUCUUCGGUGCCCAAGCCAACGGCUGGUUCCGGCCUCCUGCAGCUGGGCCUGGAUGAGAACAACAGACUGAAGGUGUAUCGCUACUGAGGCCCUGAGCCGGCAGGCAGCCUGGCCUCUCCUGCGUCCAGACCAAGUGUCCGAGUUGCUGCCUGCACUUCACUCCCUCUGAUGAUAAAGCGUUCUCCCGUCCCCUCUUUGCUGCUUGCCUCACUCAGAACCUAGAGGAACCACGGGGAACCGGUGGCAUUGGCAGGGGUGGGGGAAGGAUGGUAUGACCAGAAACAGUAAGCCGCCGCCCCAGACCGUGUAACGCAUCUCGGGCUGCCCUGUGUGACUCCUGCGGGCUGGCAGCACUGACGUGGGGCAGCGGGGACAGGGGCACCUUCGCGAGAAGGUGGCACUGGAGGAGCUGCCUCCUUCCGAGGCCAGGGGACUCCUUUGGAGCGGAGUUGGCCUCUCGGACCUGCAGGGCCUGCUUGGCACUCCCAGGGUCACGUGUGUGGCCCUUAAUUCGCCAGAACAAAGCCCCCCACAGCGUGUCUGUACCCUGGGACCAGGCCCCGUCUCUCUAAUACCUCAGCUGUGUAGAGAUCAGACUUUUUUUUUUAAUGUCCCCUUUCUUGAGUGUUCUCCCUCCUUUUGACUCUCUCAGUAUUGGGCCCAGAGCCCUGCGGGAGGUGGCUGGAGGCUGGGCCUGGAAGUUUUGCUGUCUGUCUGUCUUCCCUCUGCUGGCCCUGGGGCUGACCUCAGGAGCACCCCCUUCCCCUUGCCCAGAGCAUCCCAGCUAGCUUCUCAGGGCUCAAGUACCCAGCUAUCAGGAAGCCAACAAGCCAUAGGAAAAGUCAGGGGUGGCUCUGGUCCUCACCUUGGCUUUCUCUUCCCGGACCACCUUGGGUCUACACGUGGGUCAUUUCCAUCCGUCUUUUCCAGCUGUGCCACCGCCCACCCCGUCCCCCUGCCGCCCCUCCUCAGAGCUUGGAGACUUGUUCUGGAGGAGGUGAGGGGCCUGGCCCUGGCAGGGAGGGACCAAGUGCCAAUGGGAGCUGCUGCCAUUCUGGCACGGCACCCUGCAGCCCCACCUCCCAUCAGUGGGCUCCUCGGGGGGACAUGCAGGGGAUGUUCAACGUCUGCCCCAUUGUUUAAAUACAGUGCCCCCAUUUUCCUUGUCUUGAAAGCUGUGGGGUUGCCCUUGCAUCUCCAGUGCAUAGAAACCAACUCUCCACCAUCCCACCCUCGUUCCUCUGUCACGGGGUAAGAAACUAAGAUCUCAUACGUUACAACCAACUCUAGUGACAAUCCUGUGUUUUUUACGUCAAUUAAAUCGCUGCAGGUCCAGUUGCUACAA